AUUGUUUGCUGUGGCUGUGUUUUGACUUAUGACUGCUGAGUAAUCCAAUCGGGGAGUGGUGUUCUUAUUCUGAUUCCCACCAUGCAUCAACAACACCUUCAACUACACUCCCCCAAAGAUGAGUCAAUUCAUGCCACCCAAUCAAGCAAUUGGCUACUACUCCUCUCCCUUCUAUAGCUUAACUACAAUCACAAUACAAACAAUUCCACCUUUUUCUUUUGAGAAAAGAAAUGUUAAUGAUACAAAUCUUUCAUCUUUCUUUAUUAUAUGUUUUUUUGCUUUGUGUGGGUGGGUGUGGGCCCUCUUUGCAGUACUAAUUCUCUCAUCUUUAUUUCUCCUUCAUUGAUCCUUAAUGGAGGUGAUUAAUAUUCAACUUCCUUCUUCAAUUAUUCCCAUUCCUUCUUCUUCUUCUUCUUCCCAUCAUCAUGGUUGCUUGCUUCUAGUCUGACAUGGCUGCACUUGUAUUGCAAGAUGGUGGUAACGAAAGGAGGUCCAUGAACAUGGCUGGACCAGCUGGUUUGGGCUACUGGUGUGCUAUUUGCGGGUGCCGUCACCUAAAGCUGCUGCUUAGCUGUUUUCUGCUUCUCAACUUGUUCACAACCAGCAGCUAUGCAUCCCAGCAGCCUGAUGUUGAAGGUGAGGCGUUGAUUAAGCUUCUGAAGGCGCUGAAUGACUCCAACGGCCAAAUCACAGAUUGGAAUUACUUCUUCGUCAGCCCUUGCAACAGUUGGUCUCAUGUCACCUGCAGAAAUGGAAGUGUCAUCUCUUUGAGCUUGGGUUCAAUGGGAUUCACUGGAACUCUUUCCCCUGAAAUCACUAGGCUCAGGUCCUUGGUUAGUCUGGAUUUGCAGAACAAUCAACUUUCAGGUCCAUUGCCUGACUACCUUGGCAACAUGACCACCCUUCAGGUUCUCAACUUUGCAAACAACAGCUUCAACGGCUCCAUACCAACUACCUGGGAGGACCUCUCGAGCUUAAACCGCCUGGAUCUUUCAUCAAACCCCGCUUUGAUGGGAAGCGUACCGAAGCAGCUGUUCAAAGUUGGAAUCUUCAAUUUCACAGCAACAGGUCUUGGAUGUGGCUCUACCAAGGAACAACCUUGCCUUUCUAGCUCCUCUCUCCGAGCUGUAGCAGCAGCAGCAGCAGCAAACAAGACCAAGCAGUCCAGGCUCAAGAUCAUUCUCUCAGCUUCCGCCGCCGGCUUCCUACUUCUCCUCAUCGGAGUCGCUUACUUGGGAUGCCGAUACUAUCGCCUCCGCCGCCAGCUCAAACAAGACAUCUUCUUCGACGUCGCCGGCGAGGACGAGCGCAAAAUCUGCUGCUUCGGGCAGCUACGGAGAUUCUCCCUCCGAGAAAUCCAGGUGGCGACCAACAAUUUCAGCGACAACAACGUCAUCGGAGCAGGAGGGUUCGGCAAGGUAUACAGAGGCGUCCUCUCCCACCACGAUAACAACCUGAAAGUCGCCGUCAAGCGCCUCGCAGACAACUGCAGCCCCGGCGGAGAAGCCGCUUUCCAGAGGGAGGUCCAGCUCAUCAGCGUCGCCGUCCACCGGAACCUGCUCCGCCUCAUCGGAUUCUGCACCACCGCGACGGAGCGGAUUUUGGUCUACCCCUACAUGAGGAAUCUCAGCGUGGCGCAUCGACUGAGGGAGCUGAAGCCAGGUGAAAAGGGACUGGACUGGGCCGCGAGGAAAAAAGUGGCGCUGGGCUCGGCCCAUGGGCUCAAUUACCUGCACGAGCAUUGUAGCCCGAAGAUUAUCCACCGGGAUCUGAAGGCCGCGAAUAUUUUGCUGGAUGAGGAGCUGGAGCCCGUGUUGGGUGACUUUGGGCUGGCGAAGCUGGUGGACCCGAAGAUGACGCAUGUUACCACUCAGGUGAGGGGCACGAUGGGCCAUAUUGCGCCGGAGUAUUUGUCCACCGGGAAGUCGUCGGAGAAGACGGAUGUGUUCGGUUACGGGAUCACGCUGCUGGAGCUUGUGACCGGUCAGCGUGCCAUCGAUCUGUCGCGGCUCGAGGAGGAAGAGGAUGUUUUGCUUCUCGAUCAUAUCAAGAGGGUGGUACGGGAGAAACGGCUCGACGACAUCGUGGACCGGAACUUGGAGCGAGACUGCGACAUGAAAGAGGUUGAGAGGAUGGUGCAAGUGGCGCUGCUGUGCACGCAGAGCUCGCCGGAGGAGCGGCCGACGAUGGGGGAGGUGGUGAAGAUGCUCGCCGGAGGAGGGGAAGGGGUGGAUCUGGAAGAGCGGUGGGCCGAGUGGGAGCAGCUUGAGGAUGUGAGGAACCAGCAGGAGUUCUCGAUGUUGUUCGCUCACGGCCACCACUUCGCCAAUUUCUGGACCGACGACUCCAGCAUCGUUGACCAAGAGGCUAUCCAGUUGUCCAAGCCCAGGUAGUCAAAGGAUAGCGAGUUAAUUAGGGGCAAAGGGCAUGAAAAAGCAUUUUACCUCAAAUUUAGCAUAUAUAUACACACUCUGGAAUAUUGCAGAUACAAUAUAUGUGGCUAGAAGUGAUUAAUUAACGGCUACAUAUGUGUAAGGAAGUAUAGAUAUCAGUACGAACGCCACAUUUGUCUUGUAUGAGAGUGUACUAAUUGGAGCACUAAACUGAUACAGUUGCAAGCAUGUAAUAUUGAAUGGUAUUUUAUGUGUGCGUGCACGUUCUUGGAUCCCAAGAAUUAGCAUUAUUUUUUUCAUAUAUUUUUUAGAUAUGAG